AUGCCCGAGAGGAAGAGGUUUAUCAUGAGUCACGGUCUAUGUUUCCGAUGUUGUGGCCCUAGGAAACACCGAGCAAAGGAGUGUACGAACAAUGUAAGAUGUGAUGUUUGUAAUGGAUCUCAUCCUGCCGCUCUUCAUGAAGACAACCGUCGCCAUGAGGGGGAGAAAAGCAAAGGUACUAUUAUGCAUGAAAAUGAGGCACGUGUUGAGAUGGUAUUGUCUACCUGCACCCAAGUUUGUGGAACAAUUCCAGGAACAAGUAAAUCCUGUGCAAAAAUAGUUCCUGCUAGGAUCUAUCAUGACAGUUUGAAACAACACUCAAGAACUGUAUAUGUGCUCAUUGAUGACCAGAGCAGUCAUUCACUGGCCUCACCCUCACUUUUCGAUGCAUUUAACCAGGACUACCCCAACCAUCAGUACACGCUCAUAUCGUGCUCUGGAUCCUUUACAGCAUCUGGACGAAGAGGUACAGGUUUUGUCAUUGAGUCUCUGGAUGGCAAGUGUUCCUUCAAGCUUCCUGUGCUCAUUGAAUGUGCAGAACUGCCAAACAAUCGAGAAGAGAUACCAUCGCCCCGUGUUGCUAAGGGCUAUUCUCACCUUUUGGACAUCUCAGACAAGAUACCUGACCUGUUGGAAAAUGUGGAAAUCGAACUUCUUAUUGGAAGGGACCUCAUCGACGCCCAUAUAGUGCAGGAUCAAAGAAAGGGAUCGUGUGGAAUGCCGUUUGCCCAAAAACUUCCCCUUGGCUUGGUGAUUAUCGGUCCUGUGUGUCUUGAUUCCUUUCAUAUUCCAGAGAAGAUAAAUGUCAACAAGACUCAUAUAUUGCAAAAUGGUAGGCCUUCACUACCUCACCCAUGUGAUAACAGAAUACAGAUAAAGGACCACAUUUUCAUUAAGACUGAACAUGACGAAAAGAUGGCUCUAUCAAUAGAAGAUGAGAAGUUUGUGGAACUGAUGGACAAGGAUUUCAAAAAGAAUGCGGAUGGACAAUGGGAGGCACCGCUUCCAUUCCGAACUCAAAGACCGCCCUUGCCCAACAACAAACUACAAGCCAUAAAUCGAGCGUCAGCACUUGACCGUAGUCUGAGGCGAAACCCAACAAAGAAAGAGCAUGUGUCUACGUUCAUGGACAAGAUAUUUGAGAAAGGACAUGCAGAGGAAGCUCCACCUUUACCUGACAACAAGGAACGAUGGUACCUUCCUAUGUUUGGUGUAUACCACCAACAGAAAAAGGACUCAAUUAGAAUGGUGUUCGACUCCUCUGCAAAGUUCAACAACGUCUUGCUCAAUGAUGUUCUACUUAAAGGACCUGACAUCACUAACAACCUGCAAGGUAUCUUGUUACGUUUUCGCCGUGAGGAAAUUGCAGUUAUUGGAGAUGUAGAACAGAUGUUUCACAACUUUAAGGUGAAAAUUGAUCAUCGAGACUACUUGCGCUUCCUUUGGCAUCCAGAGAACAACUUAGACCUGCCUUUGAAGGAGUACAGAAAGACGGUUCAUGUUUUUGGGAACCGUCCGUCCCCAGCUGUUGCUACAUACGGAAUACGUCGCUGCGUCGCCCACUCGGACCCUGAUGUGAUCGACUUUGUAUCCAACAACUUUUACGUUGAUGAUGGACUCCUCAGCUGCCCCAGUGAGGAAGUCGCUGCUGACCUAAUGAAGAGAACUCAGCAGGCUUUGAAAGAAGGGGGACGACUAAAACUUCACAAGAUUUCUUCGAAUUCAAAAUCGGUGCUGAUGAAGUUUCCCGCUGAUGAUCUCGCCAAAGACCUUAAAGAUUUAGACAUUGGGAAGGAUGACUUACCUGUUCAGAGAAGUCUCGGUUUAUCAUGGGUAAUCAACGCUGAUGUCUUCACCUUCAAGAUAUCUUCAGAUCAGAAGCCAUAUACUCGGAGAGGAGUUUUGUCGACAAUAAACAGCUUGUUCGAUCCCCUUGGAUUUGCAUCGCCAGUGACUGUGCAAGGGAAGAUGUUAUUCCGCCAGAUGCUAUCAACUUCCAGUGAAGCUGACUGGGACAGUCCCCUUGAUGAUUCCUUCCGACUGAAAUGGUCAGCUUGGGUCAACUCUGUCCAUCAUCUUGAGGAUGUCAGGAUUCCAAGAAUGUGUUGCAAGUAUUCUGUUUGUGAAUCUCAACACAAGGAAGUGCAUAUUUUUACUGACGCCUCCAAGGAUGCAAUAGCUGCAGUAGCAUUUCUGAAAGUACGGAAGGAUGAGGAGAACAGUGACAUUGGUUUCCUAAUGGGCAAGGCCAAAGUGGCCCCAACACAUGGCCACACAAUUCCAAGGCUGGAAUUGUGUGCAGCAGUUCUUGGGAUAGAGAUAGCAGAAAUCAUCAGAGAACAGAUGGAUUUAGAGAAGAAGAAUUUCAAGUUUUACAGUGACAGUCAGAUUGCUCUUGGUUAUAUAACCAAUGACGCCAGACGAUUUUAUGUCUAUGUUGCAAAUAGAGUGAGUAGGAUUAGAUCGUUCAGUGAACCUGAUCAAUGGCAGCAUGUUACUACUGACCAAAAUCCGGCAGACUUGGGUACUCGAUCGUUCGAUGCCCAAGAACUCUCUCAAAGUAUGUGGCUGCGAGGACCAGCAUUCCUUAGGGAAGACAACCUCUCCACUACCUUUGUGGGAGCACACGAGAACUUUGCUCUCAUAUCAGAUGAUGAUAAGGAAGUUAGACCUAUUGUUGCAGUCAACAGAACGACUGUGAAGGAAGAAACAUGUAACUCUUUCAAGACCCGCAUAGAACGAUACUCCAACUGGAUCAGACUAGUUCGUAGUAUAGCUAUAUUGAGGCAUGUUCUGCUCACGAAGGACUCCUGUGAACAUUCGCCCAGACGAUGGCAUUACUGUCCACAGUCCUUGAAUUCAGGCACCCUGAAAUCAGCUGAGAUUCAUAUUUUGAAAGAGAUACAAAGAUCUGAAUUCAGUGAAGAGGUGGAAUGUCUAAUCAAAGAGAAACCCAUUUCUAAAGGUAGUAGCAUCAUUUCCUUGGCACCAUUUCUGGACUCGGAUGGGUUACUACGCGUUGGUGGUAGGAUUUCUGCUGCACAGAAGUUAGUUGGCUUGGAUGUACAUCCUAUAAUCAUACCUAAGAAAUCCCACAUAGCCACCUUGUUGACCAGGCAUUUUCAUGAAAAGGUGUCUCACCAAGGUCAAAAGAUUACAGAAGGCAAGAUUAGGUCAUCAGGAUUUUGGAUAAUUGGAGCCAAGCGUCUAGUAGCCUCCAAGAUUCAUCAUUGUGUCACAUGCCGCAAAUUGCGAGGAUCAUUCUGCAUGCAGAAAAUGGCCAACAUUCCGAAAGAUCGUUUGACCCCGGGACCUCCGUUUUCAUUUGUCGGAGUUGAUACUUUUGGACCUUGGGAUGUGACAGCAAGGCGCACAAGGGGAGGAUUGGCCACAAGCAAGAGAUGGGCAAUUCUGUUCACAUGUUUGGUAUCAAGGGGUAUCCAUAUUGAGCUUGUUGAAGAAUUGAGCACGUCCUGUUUCAUCAAUGCGUUAAGACGUUUCCUGUCUAUAAGAGGUCCUGUCCGUCAAUUCCGUUCAGAUAGAGGAACCAACUUUGUCGGUGCGGUAAACGAACUACAGAUGAUUCAUCAGUUUGUUGAGAAGCCUUUGGUGCAGAGAUUCCUACAGAACAAUGAGUGCGUAUGGAUGUUUAACCCUCCACAUGCUUCCCACUUUGGUGGAGCCUGGGAACGCAUGAUAGGUGUGACCUGCAGAAUCUUGGACAGUAUGCUUCUACGAAAUGGAAUGAAAUGUCUAACCCAUGACACACUUUCUACAUUUCUAGCAGAAGUUUGUGCUAUAGUGAAUUCGCGACCACUUACCACUAUUACGGAAGAUGCCAGUGACCUAUCCAUCCUUACACCUGCAAUGAUACUUACUCAGAAAGUAGGACACCUACCAGAAUCAUUACCAACCAUUGAACCCAAAGAAUUGUACAAGUCUCAGUGGCGUUACGUUCAAUCUCUCACAGAUGAAUUUUGGCGAAAAUGGGAACAUGAGUAUUUAUCCACCCUCCAAGUUCGACGAAAGUGGAUGUCAGAUGAACCCAGUUUAAAGGAAGGAGAUGUUGUUUUGUUAGAAGAGUCGGAUAGCUCAAGGAAUCAUUGGCCGAUUGCACGCGUGAAGAAGGCAGCCAAACAGAACAUCACAUCCGCCACUAGAAUUGUUGAAGAGAUAAUGGCAGAGAAGUGUGACUUGCGCCAGCCAGAGGGCGGUUGUCCCAAUCCAUCCCUCCUUAUUCGAACUGCCAACAGACAUCAGCAGAAGUUUAGACUCGAGGAACCAAAAGACUUUAACUUUGAGCUACUCUUAAAACUUACCACUCAAAUAAUGUAA